GGCAACACUUAAUGUCCUUUCAUUGGUCUCUGUGGUUCUGACUUCUGUGGGUCUGUAUCUGUGGUCCUUUCUUUCACAUCAAUUCAAGUGCGAAGUAAUCAGGGUCAAUCCCUUCAAUUGUCAUAAUGGUCGCCGCAAAGAAACAGAAAAAGACCAUUGAGUCUAUCAAUACCAGACUGGCUCUGGUUAUGAAAUCUGGCAAAUACUGUCUUGGCUACAAGCAAACUCUCAAAACAUUGCGUCAGGGCAAGGCCAAGCUGGUCAUCAUUGCUAAAAAUGCACCACCACUAAGGAAAUCUGAAAUUGAGUACUAUGCCCUGUUAGCCAAAACUGGAGUUCACCACUACAGUGGCAACAACAUUGAACUAGGCACUGCAUGCGGAAAGUACUACAGAGUGUGCACACUAGCCAUUACGGAUCCCGGAGAUUCUGACAUUAUUACAACACUCCCAGAGGCGACAGCUUAGAUAUAAUAAAACUAGUACUUUAUAAAA